ACGUCCAGUGCGCAUGCGUGAAUGUCAAUGACCGCGCUAAAUUAUCAACGGAACGAAGCGAAACACACAAAUAAACCUUUAUUACUACAAUGUCUGAGAAGGACCACGCUGAAGUCUUCCCAGCGAUCAGAUAUAAAGCUCUUGACUAUGUUUUUGAGACCAGCACCAGUCUAAAAGUAAUGAUGAGCGUACUGGCACUGCCGACGCCGUACCUUACCGGUGCCAGCGACCCGUACCCCCACAGCGGCCUCUUACCUGAAGUCACCUACAGGACACCGUGGGUCAGAGGACAGGUGAUCUCUACCUGCAAACUCCUCAUCGGUGGUUCUGUGCUUGAAGAUCUGAGAGGGAAAAAUGCAGCAGUUAAUUCAGCAGAAAGAUUUAAUUUGAAUGUGGAUUUGGAGGUGAUACCCAGCUCCAAUCCCGACUCAUGGAAGGACUUCGACCAGGAUCAGCACUCGUCCCUUUUGAAUGAGUUACAGAUAAAUGAUGCAUGUCAGGAAUCAUUUCUCAAGGUCUCGACUGACCAGAUGAAACCAGGAAAUAAAAGAAAAGAUCUCCUCCUGUCAGAUCUCCUGGUUGUUGAUCAUCUGCCACAGUUUAAGAGACAUUUACCCACUUUAAAAGCCAAACUGUCCAGACUGAGGACGCUUCCCGUGGCCGACCCUCUGCUGAGCUCAACGGGAGACGCCGUCUCUGAGGAUGUUAUCUUCAGACGCUGUGCUUCUUAUGAAAAACCUCCAGAUGUGGACGUCGCUGAUGUUCAGACAUGUGCAGAAGUUUAUGAGGAGUUUGUGAAAGUGUCACUCCUGGAGGAAAAGUCUCUGUUGUUGCCGGUUGUAAUCGAAACUCUGCGGCCGAGCGCUGAAAGCUGCACCACCUUUUCUAACAUCUGCGCUCGUAUGAAUGUUUCUCCUGAACAUCUGGACCAACAGUGUCGAGUCCUGGACUCGCUUCAUGAAGCUUCGUCUGUGGAUAUUUCGCAGUUUAAUGUAACAGACGGCAGCGACAAAGAACGCAGAAUGAGUGGAGACCUGAUAGAGUCCGACUUUACAGGACGUUUUCUGCUUCCGACUGAGAUGGAGCUGGACUCGAUUCUGAGCCCGAGUUCAAAGAAGAGUCAAACCCACGUCUCCGUGUCCACGUCUGGGCUCCAGAAGGAGGAAGAGCUGUCUCCUCUCCGCAGGAUAUCUUUGGUGCCAGCGAGAGCUCACGGACAGAUGGAGGCGGCGCUGUGGAGAGCAGAGAAGCAUCCCACCUUUGUGGUGGGUUUUCUGUUGUCAGAGCCUCAAACAUACGAACCUCCUGUCGACUUCCAGCCGCUCUGUGAAGCCCUGAGAGUCAUUAAACCAGAGACAGAAAGUGUCUCCGGCACCGAGGUGGAGACCGGAGUCCUACAGGUGUAUUUGUCCUGCAGCUGUGAGUUUACAGAGAGUCUGAGGUCUGAGUCUGAGUCUGAGUCUGAGUCUGACUCUGCCGGGGAGGAAAAGACGGAAGACUUCAGAAAACUGCCUCCUGGACACAAGGAGGUUGCAUCCGUCCACCUGAAUCCCACGAACAGAUCUCGUCUCCAGAAGGAAGCUGCUGUUGACGCGUCUCUGAACACGUUCCCUGAACUCACCGCCACCAAAAACGUCAAGGAAGGAAAACCUGCCGCUAAAACCACCAGCGCCUCAGACGACGUUUCAAAUGGGACGUUUUCAUUUGAAUUUACCACGACGACACGUAAGAAGGCAGAGCAGAGCAUCCAUGGGACGGCCGAGGCCUUUAGACCUAAAAUCAGAGAUGAUCAUAGAGGUCAGCGCUUUACAAGACGUCCACCACAGAAGGAUCUGGACCCGCUGUCCAGCUUCAUGAUGCUUAGAUCCCUGCAGGUCACCCCUCAGAGCUCAGUCAGCGAUGCAGGGCCAGAGGUGAGUCAACACAAGGAGCUGGAUUCCUCUCCCGAACACAACCGAACGCCACACAAGGGAUCGACGUACGGGGGCGCCGCCGUUUCCGGUAACACUUCCAGAGAGCGGUCGGGUCAACUCAUCGUCCGACCGGUCAGUCAGUCUCAACCUCAGCAGAGACGGGACAGUCAAGUAGUGCAAGUCCAGCCCACAGACAGCCAGCGCCGAUCCUACCGUGAGCUUCUGGCCUUCGCUCGGCCUUUUCUGAGCUCGGCAGCACAGCUGGGCCUCAGCCUCCCGGCGGGGGGAGAUUUCAGCCGCCUGGCCCCGGAUCAAACCCACUUCCUCCUCAAACAGCAGGAGAGGGCGCUCUGCAGGACUCCUGCACCGAACCCAGAGCUGCUCAAAGAUCAGGAAGUGCUCUUCACCCACGUGGCUCUGAUUCAUGUUCUGGUGACAUUCAAGGAGCUGCUGUUGAAGUGUGAGCUCAGCACCGCGCUGGAGUAUCUGACGAAGGCGGCGGAGGUGCAGAGUCUGGAUCAGCUGCUGAAGAGGCUGCAGAUCGUCUUCCUCCUCAGUCUCAAGAACCCGGAGCCCAACAUGAAGCUGCUGGAGCUGCAGAAGCUUCUGUCUGAGUGGCUGCAAAGCAGGAAGGGACAGGACGCCACAGAGAAGAUUCUUGUCAUAAUAUCUGUGGACUCUGAUGAGGUCAGAUCAACAAUCAGCAGCAGCUUGAACCAGGUGACAGGUGGUAGUGCGACUGUGCUUUGUCCCGAGGACGAGAAGAAAAAGGUGAACGGCGCCAGCGUGGUGAGCAGCGUGUGCGACGGUGUGUGCGAUGGUGUGUGCGACGGUGUGUGCGCGCUGGUGCACGAGCAGCAUAUAGGGCCCGACUUCCCCUGGAGCUGCUUUUCCCUGGUGGUGGAGUUCGACCACCCGGGCCCGUCUCCGUGGUCUGGAGUCUGCAGCGAGAGGAGCAUCAGCCACCGCACCUUCAGCACCAGCGUCUCCGAGUCCGAGGGGGAGACGGUCGAGUGGUGUCUGGAGGACAACGUGCCGGUUGUGUUGUUUGUGACCGAGGGGCUUGUUAAUCGUCCACUCCUGCUGCAGGCGCUGGAGUCCGGCUUCAACGUGACGGUGCUGGAGAGGAGCCACUGUCCGACCCUGCAGAUGCUCGGAGGGAUCCACAACUACGACGUGAUCACGGUGGAUGAAAGCACCGCCAUCGUCGUUCAGCAGCAGGAUGAACUGUGCGAGCAGAGAUCCAGUGAGGAGCUGGUGAUGAGGUUGACCGCCCUCUCUCUUCAGUACGACCGCUGUUGGCUCAUCCUGUUUUGUCCAGACGUCCAGGGAGGAGGAUUUUCCAGCGAAGCCUUCGACAACUUGGUGCUGGUUUACUCCUCCCUGGUGCUGUUUGGCUUGAAGUCGGAGGAUCUGGAUGUGAAGGUGCUGAUUGUGUCUGAAGUGUUGGAAACAGCCAAGUGGAUCAGUCGGAUCUGCUUCCACAGCCUGAUGUCCAGCAGCAGGAGUCCUCUCAUCUACCUGGACAGAGACUGGCUGAGUGUGACGCCCUCACAGGAUGAAAUGUGUCUGUCUCAGUUCCCUUGUAUCAACCCUCUGGUGGGUCAGUCGAUGCUGAGCCGGGCUCCGUCCCUCCAGUGGGUCCUGGGGGCGUCCCUGUCCCAGCUGGAGGAGCUGGUCCCCGAGGUUCCACAGAAAGUCCUCAAGCUGUUCACUGACAUCACCUGCCUGUAUUCACUGAAUGAAAACUCCAACCAGCCUGAGAUCUUCAUCGCUGACACGAACCAACCAUCCGGCCUAUUUCACACACCGUGGACCCCCCAGACCGGUCCAGCUCAGCCCGAGGACCCCCCCCAUCCAGACCCCAACCCCAGCUUCCUGUUUGGAGCGAUGGGACAAAGAAACAGAGUCAGACUUCAAACUCGACUGGAGCUGUUUCUCCAGGAGCCGCGGGGCGACUCAUGGAGAGAAGAGGAGGUGGAGGAGGAGGUGGAGGAGGUGGAGGAGGAGGGGGGGGGGACGCUUCCUGGCUGGAGCAGCAGAGCUGGAGCUCUGGGGAGGGUUGUCGCUCGAGACGACUGGACUCAGAGGAGACCUCCACCAAAUACAAAUAACUUCCCUCAGCUGGACUCCACCUUCAGCUACAGCCCCGUCCUCAAGCAGCAGCAGCAGCAGCAGCAGCAGCAUCCGCUCAGCUUCAAUCCCGUCACUCCACCUUCAGACGUCACGUGGGGCAGCGACGGAGAGAUGAUGAACCACGGCUCCAGAUGUUGGUCGGGACAUGAGAGGAAGAGGAGCAGAGACGCUGCAGGUUUCGUUGGAUCGGCCAUGACGCCGCUAAAGAAAGGGAGGUUGAGCUACGAGAAGGUUCCCGGCAGAAGUGACGGACAGACGAGGCUCAGACUAUUUUAACAAACCCACUAAUAAUAAUGUUCUGUUAUAUUAACCUUAGUUUGUGCCACAAUUCAAGUUUAGCUUCACUUUGUGGCUGACGUUCCACAUUUCUGCAUAAAAACAGUGGUUUAUUGGGGUCAGGAACAUGAAUAAAUAUAACAUAAUAUUAAUUUACUGAGGUUUUAAAAAGUUGUUAGAUUUAUUAAAACUAUUUUACUUCUCUAACUCUAAGCUGGGAUCAUAAGAGAGGCUGUAAAAGAUAAAAAUAUUUAAAACUUCAACCUUAAAUCUGCCUCAGUUACAUUAUAUGUGUGUUAACCAGUUUAUUUUAUUAUAUAUUUCUAACAUGAUUACAAACCGUGCGCUCGGGGAUUUACACACAAACAGAUUUGCAAAUAUUUUUGCAGCAGAAAAUUGGAACAUUUUAGUCAAAUUUCUCAACUUUAUUAGUGGUUUAAACUGAAACUAUUCCUGUUUCUGUCUUUUAUAUUAAACAAAGAUGCUCUCAAGUGGAUAAAAUAGUCUAAUAAAGAAUAUAUUUAUGAAUUCACUGAGAUUUUAAAAUGUUGUUCAUGAAAUAUUGGAUUAAAAAUGUUUAAAUUUAAAUCUUAAAUCUGCCUCAGACACAUUAUAUACGUGUUAACCGGUUUAUUACAUGUGUUAGCAGGUUCUUUUAAAUAAGAUUAAAUGUAAUUAUGCACAUUUUGCCGUGUCUUUCUGAGCAUGCUCAGUAGUGAAAACACAACAAACAGUGAUUUAUGUGUGGAGGAGAGAGGGUCUGAGGGUCUUUCCCAGCUAAACUGAUAAAGUCAGUCAUUCUCACAGCUUCAAUGUUGGAGCGUCUUUCUCUUUUUUUUUUUUUUUAUUCACAAUUUAGUGGAGCAAUCCCCUUAUCGUGGUCUCUCAGCAUGUGGAGUGAGUCCUUAUCUCCACGAGCCAGCAGAGUGAAGCCAGCUCCCUCAGGAAUGAUCCCCCAGACAAAGACAAAGACCCCCCGGGGAGGGGGGGGGGGGACGUCGCCUCCCUUCGCCUCCCCUUCGCCCCUGGACGGGACGGGACGGGGACGUCCACAUGCGUCCUCUGGCUGGACGGCAUCAGUAACAAGCGCCAGGUUCUCUCCUUUUCUUUUUUUUAUUUAUUUGUUUUAAAGCAUCUUUGUCCGUCUCCCCGGCCUCUUGCUUUUUCUGAGACACGGUGGACAAACAAAGAGAGGUUUUUCUUUAUAGCUCGGGAACAAAAGCAGCC